UUCCUAGAAAGGAGACUAGUUUUGAAUAUUGGAAGCCUGUGGUUGAUUUUUCAAAAUAUGUCCCAACAGUUUUGCCUUAAGUUGUUUUUGCUCUGUGUGUCUUGUUUGCUCUCUGUGGGAAUCUUCCUGUUUGCUCUGAGCGUUGGUCAUUCGGGACGCAACUAUGGCAGGAUUCCUGGAGGUUGAGUUCUGCAGCAUGAUAGGAUGUCGGACGGAUGAAGAUAGAGCUGUUCGCUGACGUGGUUCCAAAGACUGCUGAGAACUUUCGGCAGUUCUGCACUGGAGAGUUCAGGAAGGAUGGUGUUCCAAUUGGCUACAAAGGCUGCACUUUCCACAGGGUGAUCAAAGACUUCAUGAUUCAAGGUGGAGACUUUGUAAAUGGCGAUGGUACUGGUAUCUGCAGCAUCUACAGGGGUCCAUUUGCAGAUGAAAACUUCAAAAUGAAGCAUUCUGCUCCUGGACUUCUAUCCAUGGCAAACAGCGGACCAGGAACAAAUGGUUGCCAGUUUUUCAUUACCUGCACUAAAUGUGACUGGUUAGAUGGGAAGCAUGUUGUUUUUGGAAAAGUGGUAGAUGGUCUUCUGAUCAUGAGGAAAAUUGAGAACGUCCCCACUGGACCCAACAACAAACCAAAACUGCCAAUCCUCAUCGCUCAGUGUGGAGAAAUGUGAUGUUUCAUUUUAAAAUACAUUUCGUGAGACCCGAUGAACUUUUCUUUUUUCUUUUUUUUUUUUUACACAAAAAAAU